AAGCCCGAGAGUUUUGCGGCGUUUUAGGCCGCUCUGACACGCCCGGCGGCGGGGCCGCGGGGAGCCCGCCAUUUCGGCGCGGCGGAGGGACGCGCCGCCGGCUCCUCACAGGAGGGGCGGGAUGGCGCCGGCGGAGACCCCGGACAGCCCGGGCGGGCGGUGCGUCUGCCAGGCACCGGCGUCCAGCCGCUGCGGGACAGAGCCAUCUCAGCCCGUACACUGAUGCUCCCAAAAAGCGGAUGUCACACAACCGCGCUUUACAGCACAUCGGUGGAUUUAAGCACAUUCUCAUGAUCACUUGAAGCUUUGUACCUUCCACCACUCCCCAUGUCACACAGCCCAGGGCUUUGGCUGUGCCAUAGUCCAAAGCCUAGUUUGAUGCAACAUUGCUGUGUGACCUUGCCUGAGUUUUACUGAGAAAAUUGUUAAGCUAUGAGAAAGUACAUGCUCUAAAACCAAGAAAGACAAGAAACUAAAGUCACAGGAGAGCUGUUGUUGAGAUGACAGUAGUUAGCUGGCGAAAGCUUAGACAAAAGCUACAGAAGGAAAGAAAAGCAGAAAAUGCAAAGAAAGCUCAAUAAUGCUGAGGAUCAGCCCAUACCAACAAAUGGACAGAAACUGACCUUUCGCAGCAUAUUGGAAACUUCCUGGCCAGCUAAGACUCAUCAGUUUUCUUAAGAGGAGUGGUUUCUGGUGAAAAGCAUUGCCAGAUAUUUUGCAAGAAGUUUCUUUAAGCCUUUCCUGUUCUUCCUAAAUAUUGAGUGGCUGAAGAAAGAAAAAGUUUGGGGCCGUCCCAGUCAGUCAGCUGACACAUCACAGCUUGAAGAAAAAAAGGUGCCCCAGAUGAAGAAGUUUGCCACAGAUACAUGAAUUACAAGACUGUUUGGAACUGAAAGACAACGAGAUUUCACCACCUGGAACAUAGAUUUCAUGGAUUCAAAUUCCAACACUGUGGUUGUAACUGGUUUUGGUCCCUUCAGACAAUACCUGGUUAAUUCCAGCUGGGAAGCAGUGAAGGAGCUGUCCAAGAGAGGCCUUGGUAAAAACAUCCAUCUCCAUGUCAUGCAGCUGCCAGUGGUUUACCAAAAAGCAAAGGAGCAAGUCUUCAAGAUAUGGACAACACUUCAGCCACUGCUUACUGUUCACGUUGGGCUGGCUUCCUCCGCCAAAGCACUCCUCAUCCUUGAGCAGUGUGGGAAGAACAAAGGCUACCAAGAGAUGGAUGCUUGUGGUUUUCACCCAGAAGGCGGCUGUUGCAUGCUAGAUGGCCCAGAAAAGAUUGAAUCUACAAUUAAUAUGAAGACUCUCUGGAAAAACAUUUCAGUGGAAGGGAUUGAUAUCAUCUUUUCCAGAGAUGCGGGAAGAUACAUCUGUGAUUACACCUACUACGCGUCUCUCUACUAUGGCAAUGGAAGAGCAGCUUUCAUCCAUGUGCCGCCAUUAUCCACAUCGGUAACAGCAGACCUUCUAGGAAAAGCAUUACAGACCAUUAUCUUAGAAAUGUUAAAACAAUGUGGGAAAGAGAGAGAGUAAGAUGGAUCAUGUAAGAAAAAAAAAAUGAGGAUUUCUUAGAAUGCAAUUCAUUACCCCUUAAAUUAAACAAAUCUAAAGAUUAUUUAAAACCCCUACAUAAAGGAUUUUAUAUUCUAUGUUUCAGUGCAAUUUCCUUAGAAAAACCGAACAACUAUUUACAUCUCUCUUUGGUGUAAAAACCUUGAGAGAAGAAACAAAUGAUUGGCAGUCUGUAUUGCUAACAAUUAUAAGGUUGCUUCAGAUUUAACGCGGCGUGAAACUGGAUUUAAAACAUUUUAGAUGCUUAAUCCUAGUUCUGAUGGUUAGGAAGACAUUAAUAAAGACUGAGCCGAACCAAGGCGGAUGCCUACGGCCGUAAGGACAUUCAGCACUGGACAGAUAGAACAGAGGCCCCCUUGGCCCCUGUCCGAGUCCACAGGGAUAGUUCAGCCAUACGUGUCCAGGCAGAAAAUGUAAAUACGGAGGAAAACAAAACACAGGUAGGGAUCCUGUUAUGGGAACGUAACACUUUACAGUUCUCUCAGUGACCUGCUGUAAAUGCUGGUUUCCACAUCAGAAAUGGGCUAUGAACCCAGAGUGACUCAAAGCAAAAGCUGGAAUCCAGCAGGAACCGUAAUGCUCUUAGUAAUUUGGGUUUCAACUGCCUACAAACACGGAGCCCAAAUUCCCAGUGCCUGUCCCGAAGGAAAACACUGUGGGCCUCCCACAGACACAGCACAAAGGCAACGGUCUUUCAGCAGGAGAGGCGAGGGCUAUUCAGGGACCUGUGUAUCACAAUCAGAGAGCUGACUUGUCCCAAGAAAGGCGAUCGCUGAAGCACUGUGCUGUGGAAAGUGUUAUGGCACAUAAUGUCACUUACAAAACAGGAACCGAAUCAGAUUCCAGACUGGAACACUUGGAAUCGGACAGCGACAGAUCAUUUCUGUGUUUCUCCCUGCCAAGCCAGGCUCCUCCACGUCUCAAACACAGACAGCUGAGGAAGCUUUGGGCCACCAUCCUGCCUUAUUUUAGUCAACACUGAUGACAAGUUGGAGGAACUGGAAAUGCCAAGAUAAUGACAGUUUUCUUGCCACUGUCUUUUUCCAGUGACCGUUACAGCAAACUGAUAACCAUGUGCUGGAUGCCUCCUCUCUAGGUCGUGGGAAAAAUAACUAUGGGACAGAGGCAAGAGAAGAUAAUGGGAUCUAAACUACACAAGCAAAAAGCACUACAAACUUUUUAAAAUCUCCAGUCAAAACUAGCAAUCAGUAUAUUUUAAUUCUUUGUUCUUACUCAAAAGAUUUAAACGUUUCCAUCCCAGAACCACCUCUUCACUGCCAUCAUUUGGUUGGAUCAGUGCUAAACAAAGGCUUAGAUGCUGUAACUAAUGUAAGAAGAGCAACUGGUACGACUCCUUGGUUGUAGACGUUCUGAUGGCCCCCUCCUUCCCCUUUCACCAAGGCUUCUGCAACUGAACAAACAAGCUUACUCGUUUUCUUUUGUUCUGAGGUUUGGUCUAUGAUUUAAGCAACAAGCUUGUACUUGUACGGGUUUCCAUAGCUGCCAACACUUAACUGUUUGCUAGCCAAGCCACCGGCCCCAGCUACAACGCUUUCCACCCAGCCCCAUGGAAAUGGCGUGGUGGGUUUGGUUUGGCUUUGGGUUUUUUUUUUUCUUGCCAGGGGUGCGAAGUGCAGCCCAGGGUGCCCUCUGCGAGGGCUUCCUCAUCGGGAAGGUGAAGAGCUGGGGUUUGCCGGAGCCAGGUGUUCAGUGGCCACCUUAAGAAUGCCUGGCAUCACCAGCUGCAACUGGCACAGCUCUUGUUCACGGGGCGGAAGGGUUAAAAUAGUCUUUUUUAAAAAUCAGUGACCCAAAAGCCUGGUGUCUGCUGUUGUACCCAACAAAUAAAAUAAAAUAAAAAAAUAAAAUACGUGUGUGUGUUUGUGUGGGGAGAGUGUGUGGGGAUGGGUGGGUGGAUGUGUGCCACAACCAAAACAAGCGGGGAGGGAAGGAGGAGGGUAGGACCCUUGUACAACAAUGAAUAUAAACACUGAACAAGAAUGUACUAAAUAUUUAACCUUUUUUUCUGACCUGAGUUUGUAUCAUGCCUUGCACUGUAAGAGACUCGCAUGCUGUCUGGGCAGAGGUUAGUGGGAAGGAAGGAAAACUGGGGUUUAAAAACACCACACCGCAGCACUGCUCAAGUUGUUUCCGUGCGGGGUGUCCCUUCUUUCUCCAUGUCCCCCUCAAAAGCCCUGUAGCCCACACAGCCAAGAUGUUGUAAAACAACUAAUGGAAAGGAGGAGAAAAAAAAAAAAAAAAAAAAAAAAAAAAAAAAAAAAAAAAAGGAAAAAAAGGAGGAAAUGUAUUUAUAAAAAGGCAUUAAACAGUUCAUGGCAAAUCAUAUGAAAGGUAUCAGUUACUGGGAAGGAGGAAGUAAAGUUACACACUAUAGUACAAAGCAUAAGAAAAUUUGUUGAAGUGGGAGGGGAGGGAAGGGAAGGAGGGCAGACCUGAAGGUUUUCAUAGAUUAAAUCCACAAAGAUAAAGAACAAAAAAAA